AUGGCUUCGUCUCAUGGAUUCAAUGUUAUGAAUCUAGCGCGUGAUGUGAAGGCUGGCUCAGUCAGAGAUAGAGAAAAAGCUGUAGACGAACUGGCACAUCUUCUUAAUCCACGGAAUCGAGCUACAAAUCUCUCCGACCUCGGUGACAAGAGUUACCAUGAGAUAUUUGAAGCUAUUUUCAGUUUCGUUCUUCGGGAGAAGCCUAUUUUCUAUGACAAGAAGAAGUCUCAAACAACAAUAAAUGCCACGACCUCUCGGCUAUCGAAAUGUGCCGAUGCCGUACGCAUGACUGUGGGACGUGGUAACCCAAAGAUUGGACGAAAGACACUUCUCGCCAUCGUGGACCACAUCACUCAAGUUCUCCCAGGGCCUAAUGACGAUUUCGUGCCCCCUUUACUCCAGGACUACAUCAAAGCUCUGACCGAGGUGCUUUCCAGGCCGGCCCACGUAGAGAUUCUCGCCAGGAAGGAAGGCCACCCCUGGGAGCUCUGUGUUGAGUUCUUCCUCGGUGUUGCUCAGUUCUUGCUUCCUAACGAGGGAGAUGUUUCGACCCGCGCAUUGGCCCGAGCAUCUCCGGCUUUGGUUCGAUCAUCACCAGCCCCAGGAUCAGCAGGAUAUGGCCGAUCUGGCGGACGAUCAACUCCAUCGACCCAAAGUCAGAAACGAGCUGCCCCUGGUGAAGGUGGCUUACUAAAAGAUGUCUUGGAAGGACUGUACUAUCUUGUUGUCGGUGGAAAUGCACCCCUACUUCGGCAGUUCAAAGAUAUCACACCAGUAGUUCUCAGAGUCUUGAGUCUCAAGCAAGUCAGUCUUGGCUCUUUGCAGACUCUGGCGUUCGCUAUCAUCAAUGCCGUGUUCUCUGCUACCCACGCUGAUGAUUUGGAGCACGCCAGCUCUCUGGUGCAAACACUGGUGCCGCUCAUGAGUUACUGGUGGAGAUCAGAGAAAGUAUCUCAGGAUGAAGUCAUCCAGUACUUGGCUCUCAGGUCGUCGGAUGAAACCAUACGCUCGGACUUGGAAGAUUUGGUAGAGAACAUCUGGUCUGAAUACUCAAGGCGUGGUGAAGCAUUCCGCCUCCAAAUGAGCGACAUCACAUUUGCCUUAUCCUCGUUGCCCACAUAUGGCCUACAACUGGAUAUUUUUGGCCUCCGAUCACAUAAUGUUUAUGGCGAGGGACAUUGGGCUGUCGUCCAAAAUCUGGCAUUCCUGGAAGGUAUCAUGGCGCUGCCUCAUCUGAGAAGACAAGGAGAGGAUAAUGGCGAACAAGAUGAGCAACCGCGCAAAAGACGGCGAACUCGUCAAGAUAAUUCGAGUCGCAUCCGGCUCAAGCUGAAGGCUGUCGAUGUCUUGAUCUGCAGGACUGCCCUGCAGUUGAUCCCGUUUCUUUUAGCUCAUAAUUCAUUAAGCCGUGAAGAACUUCUCGACUUAUUGCCAGAUUUGAUAUCGUUGGCGAAUGACAAGAACCCGGUUACAGCUUCUUGGGCCCUCGUUGCCUCUGCAAGCUGUAUUGCUUACUCGGAAGGCUGUCAUGAUCAAGUGGACAUGUGGCAUCAGCUCUGGCGGUUCGCCAUACGAUCCGUCAGUCUGUCAGGAACGAGCCGAGCAGCCGCUGUGCUUCUACACCAGCUGCUUGAAGCAGACAUCCUCCCUUAUCACACCAUUUCACAGGACAUUAAUAACAUGGUUACAACUGCCGAUGUCAGUGGACCUAGCACCUUGAGUGAUGCCUCUAUCAGCUUGAUGUUUCAUGUUCUUCAUUUACGGAACGCGAAAGUCCCGAGCGCAAGCCAAAGUACAUGUCAUCAUAUCAUUCGAUGGGUGUUUCUAAGAUGGAACCCAAAUGAAUCUGCUUUCGCAUCCUAUAACUCCUUGCAUGUUCAGCCAAUUCACUUGGCGAACCUAAUUCGAACAUGCUGUGGAACAACAACUCUGGAGUUGGCCAUCCACCCGGCAGCUCCAGGAGGCCCAUUGGCAGAGACCUGGAGUUCAUUCAAAGAGAUUGAGUCCUUCACACGGUACAUACUUCUAUCGGAAGAUGCAUCUAACAACCCCGCAACAGCCCGGAGUUGCAGCUUUUCAAAGCCUACAAACUCACCACCAUUGGCGGAUGCCAACACGCGUUAUGCUUCCCAAAAACUCACCCUCGAGCUCUUUUACCCCAAAUUGGGUGAGCUGAUGGAGCUCUGUACGUCGUGGACAAAGAAGAUGAAUGAAGGUGGUAUACAAAUCUCUUUUGAUCGCUUCCAAAGUCUUGUAUCGGCCUGUUUGGCGGGCACAUUGUUGCUACCAUUGUUUGCCGAUAUCAACUCGACUCAGUCUUCGUCCGUUGAGUCAACUCUCAAAGAGAUUCUAGAGAAAGGAAUGCACUCUGCCCUGACGUCCGUUGAGCCCAAUGCGUUUGUCGAUUCAAUCCUGCGAGCCGUCCGGCCCAUUAUGCCUGAUUUAAAUACGACAAGCCUCAACAGGGCUCUUGCAAACAACCCUGCCCUUCUGCAACUCUUUUCUCGAAUGUGGAGUUCACUUGGAGAACAAAAGGAUCAGACACAGCAUGACAACAGCAUCGACUUAAUGGACAUUGACGAGGACUUUGACUCACAAAGUAGCAGAGCAAGCUCGAUUCAUGCGCCAACGGUAGUCCCACGCUUCGACAUUCAGAUGAAGUUGGAUACGCAGGCUUUCUAUACAGAAACGAGGACGCGACUGCAUUUUCUGUCUAUAAUAAAUGACGACGUUGGGCAGAUUGGCCUCAUCCCUGAUAUCUACGUGGAACAUCUCAUCAACUUGCCGGACGAUGACUUACUCAUGUGCCAAAACCUGCUAUUGGACAUUUUUACCUCUGAUCUCGUUGUUACACCAGACAACGCGCUUGCCAUCAUCGAAAGACUUGGGGAGUAUAUUGGUCAGCCUGAUUAUCAGUGUGCCGAAGUUGUGCUUAGCACCUGUAUCGGAGUGAUUGAUGGCCUUCACCCCAUUUGGCUGAACGAUAAACGGCAUCUCUCGGAGCGAGUAGGGGAUCUUUAUUAUCACUUCAUCAAGGUCUGUCUCACAUCAAACAUAUUCUCGCCAAGGGCCCAAACAUCAAUGGUUCGAUUAUUGUUUACCCUGCUCCGCACCAACACAGAAUAUGGCAAAGAUCAAGGGCUUGAUUCGCCUCGAACAUGCUUACUUUACAUCCUGAAGAAAGGUCCAAUGUUGGUGAAAUUCGCUAUCUCCCAGAGGAUCGCUAGCGUUUUCGAUCUUUUUGUUCUCAAGCUUCACGAUGAAGUUUUUGUGGAUGUGCUGGACAGUUUACCAACCAAUCCUCUCGAUACCACUGGCAUCGCAUUCCGCUUGCUAGUUUUGUCAAAUCUCGCCUGCCGAUGGUCGACAUUGCUUCGGAGAUGUACAUAUCACAUUUUUGAGACCCCAGGAAAGAUAUUAGACUCAACUCAGUAUGCAACUCGAUGCUUGAUCAAUGUGUCAAACACACUGAAAUUGGAAUCACCAAAAGCCUUGUUCCGCCUGUUCUCCCGCCAACUCUUGUAUACCUGGUUGGAAUGUGAUCCGAUUGAGGAUAUCCCGUUCUCCAUCUUUGGCUUCGCGACACUCGGAGAUCUCCUCAAGUCAGCCCAGUCCGAAGCCAUUGGCUUGACAGUAAUGAGGGGGCAAGAUGAGGCAUUUGCAGAAGUGUGCCGCAACUUGGGGAAUUCUGAAAGCGACCUCGUUCGUCAAAAUUUCACUACCGCCAUUGCAUAUAGCAUGAUCUUUGGCGACUCCAAUGGGGGCGAGGACAAGGACCGAGGCGAGGCACAUAUCAAAAAGUUGCUCGGAAGUCAAGUGUACAUGGACUCUAUUUAUAUCAACCUUGUUGAUAUAGCGGCCCUCUUCUUUGACCUUAUCGACCAAGAAAAUUCUCUAGAGAGGGUGUUUGCCAGGUACAAGCUUGACUACGCUGGCGAGAUCAUGGGUGCUGUGAAAGCCAUUUCUCACUCACCUGCUGAGCUACCAGCGAACCAGCAGCCAAUGUUCAAGGCCAAAUAUCUCAUCCAUGAACUUUACAGGCUCUGCCAAAACACGGAGUUCCAAUUUCACGACCUAUGGACGCCACCUGUAGUUGUCUCGAUCGCUCGGAAGCUUCUCAACACGGUGCAUCCGGCUUUAGGCCCCUUACACGCAUGCUCUGUUCUCCGCAAGGUCCGUGUCUUGAUUUCUCUUGCUGGCCAAGUCGCUUGGGACUCUUACCCCCUGGAAAUGCUCCUGAAUGCAACGCGUAAAUUUAUCACGGACUCGGAGUGUGCAGAUGAUGCACUUGGAAUUAGCCAGUAUCUCCUGGGUCAAGGUGCCAAGCAUCUCAGCAACAUGCCAUCGUUUCUCGCUGGUUAUGCCUUGUCGACCCUCGCGUCGCUCCGAGUCUUCCUGGAAUCAAGUCAGUCGAGCACCACCCAAGAGAGUCAGUUCAAAGCAACUAUGAGCAAAGCAGAAAAGUUCCAUGGAUGGUUCAGCAAGUACCUUGAGGAGUAUGACUCGCCAGUGUUUAAGGAUCUUGCGCAAAAGAGUGCCUUUAAGUCCAUAACACAGUCUGCUGCUCGCAUUCGAGCUUCUGGAAAUGCUGAAAGAGGCACUGCAGAGAGCAAAUUAUUGCUGGAUAUCAUGGACGACGGUGGCGCAGAUCACCAGCUUCUCAACGAUUCUUCUCGACAACUAGCUCUCGGUCUUCUUUGUGGCGACUUUAGCAUUCCUGCGUCAAUCAAGGACGACAUCAUCGAAUCUGAUCAUGAUGCUGUAAAGCAUUCUACGGCUGUAUGGAAGAGCUGCGAUACAGAAAAUCUGAGCGAAGAGUAUCUAGCAUGGGCAGGACGAGUUGUCGGACGAGCCUUUUCGGCUUCCGGAGAGAUUCCAGUCAAUAUUCUACGCGAAUCACAUCUUACUCGCUACCAAAAAAUAGCUCCAGGGUCAAAUGGCUCAGAGAUGGGAAUACUUUACCUGCUUCAGGACCUCACCUCAAAUCCCGAUUCUGUCACUGCUGGUCUUGCCGAGGCUGCUCUACGAUCCAUCGUCUCAGAUGCCGCUAUACUUGAGGAUGAACCACUAACUGUAGCUUGUCAGAAGAGUCUAACAGAGUCUCUCUUAAUAACUUCCCAAUGGGGCUCGCACAGAUCUCCCCCGUCUGACAAGGCCCCUAUUACUCCUUCUUCACCAGAUCAGCAGGAUGUGUGGUCUGUAGAAAUCACUUCAAAAGAGUGGCUCCCGAGCCUGAGUGCACACCUUGCCCAAUGUGUUCCAGAGUCAAUCAUUCUCUCAGUCCUAGCCCCUAUUCUCGCCAGAGUUGAGCACUUUGCGGAGAGCGCGUUUCCCUUCGUUGCUCAUCUUGCGCUCUACUUUCCGAUAAAUCAGCAACACUCCCCUAAGCGCCCAUUUUCUGUGGCAAUCAAGAGCUGGCUGAAAUGCUCUGAUCCUGUAGCCAAAGAAAAUCUAAAGCUGCUCAUCAACAUGCUUCUGUAUCUCAGGACACAGCAGUACCCCAAAGAAUCUUCAAUAGCUGACCGAUCGUAUUGGCUCGAGGUGGAUUCCGCGAUGGUUGCAUCAACGGCGUCGCGAUGCGGAAUGUAUAAGACCGCUUUGCUUUUCGCUGAGUAUGUUACUCCUGAAACCUCGCGGUCCUCAAGAAGGUCCUCAGCCACAAAGGAGGUGGAUAUGAGUGACACUCUCCUUACGAUCUUUGAGAACAUCGAUGAUCCAGAUGCAUACUAUGGGCUACCUGAAGAACCUAGUCUUUCUAAGGUUGUCGCUCGCGUAGAAUAUGAGAAUGAUGGUCCCAGGAGUCUUGCAUUCCGAGGCGCCAUGUACGACAACCACAUAUUCUACGGAGAUCCAAUGACUCAGUUAGACGAACAAGCCUUGGUCAGAGCCCUGGAUACACUUGGGUUGUCAGGACUCUCAAACUCACUUCUUCAGACACAACAAAACAUGGAGUCAUCCCCAGCUGCUCUCGAGGACACUUUCAAUACUGCUAGGAAAUUAGGGAUUUGGAACCUUCCUGCUCCCUCAAGUGAUCAUCACGCGGUCACAGUAUACAAAGCGUAUCAAAGUAUUUCUCAGGCAGCCGAUAUUACGAAAAUCCGAAUGGCUGUGCAUGAGGGCUUCAGUCGCACAAUGAGGAGCUUGGCUGCCCUCGACCUGAACGCAACUUCAUUGAGGAAACGACUUGGAGCUUUGGCAUCCUUAACAGAACUUGAUGACGUUAUAGGGGUUUCUGAUACUGCAGAGAUGGAUGGUCUCAUCGAAAAAUUCAAAACUCGAAGCGAUUGGAUGCGGAGCGGACUGUACGGUAGUGUCAGCCAGAUCUUGUCUUGCCGUGCGUCUACGAUGAGCAUGGUCAGUCAGCAGAAUACCCUUCGAACAAAUAUCAAGCUUUCCGCGGCGGCUGCACGGCAUAUGGAGGUAGAAGCAAUGAUCACCGCAUCUCAGAUUUAUCGUUAUCACCAAGCGACACAAGAGAGUCUCAGAAUAUCCACUGGGCUCACCAAGCUCAUCCCGACAUGCGCCACCUUGGACAUUCAUGUUGAUGCAGCGGUCAACAUCGAGACAGCUAAUUCUCUCUGGGAUUAUGGUCAAAUGAGCACAUCCAUUCGUAUGCUCCAAGGCAUAGACAGAGAUGCUUCCCUCAAAAAGCAAACUCUGCCGGUCAGCCGAUCUGACUUGCUUUCAAAGAUUGGGUAUCAGGUCUCUGUCGCUCGCCUUGAAGAGCCACAUGACAUUCAGAAAAACUACCUGGAACCUGCACUCAAGGAGCUCAAAGGCAAAGGUCAAGGUCGGCAAGCAGCUGCUGUAUUCCAUCAGUUUGCCAUGUUCUGUGAUCAACAACUGCAGGACCCAGAUGGCCUGGAAGACUUGAAGAGACUUCAAAGUCUAAAGAAGGCCAAGGGCGAUGAAGUGUCAGAACUGAAAACCCUAGUCAGCGGCACAAAGGAUGCUCAGCUGAAAACCAGAUAUUCACAUGUCUUGAACAAGGAGAAGCAAUGGCUGGACCUUGAUGAGCAGGAACUACGGCGAGUUGAGCAGACUCGCAGUGAAUUCGUUCGGCUGAGUCUCGAGAACUACCUCCUAUCUCUUAUUGCCUCUGAUGAACACAAUAACGACGCCCUUCGUUUCACGGCUCUUUGGCUGGAACGAUCAGAAGAGGAGACUACGAACAAGGCGGUUAUGCGACAUUUGUCCGACGUCCCAACAAGGAAGUUUGCUGGUCUUACCAAUCAACUGACAUCCCGACUUCAAGACCAAGACACCUCAUUUCAGAAAUUACUGUUGGAGCUGGUCUACAAAAUUUGCGUAGACCAUCCUUAUCACGGGAUGUAUCAGAUCUGGUCUGGAACCAAGGCAAAAGCACAGCAGAAGGAUGAUGUAGCUGUUCUUCGUGUCAGAGCAACAGAUCGUAUUGCGAAACGCCUUGCUGAGACGCAAUCUGUUGCCAACAUUUGGCUCUCGAUCGACAAGACAAGCAAAUACUAUCAUGCUCUUGCUAUGGACCGGAACCCCAAUAGGUACAAGUCUGGUGCGAAGAUUCCGCUUAAAGAGUCUUCGCCCGGGCACAACCUGAUUAACUGCUUGAUCAAAUAUCGGAUUCCAUCUCCAACUAUGCACAUCGAACUCUCCCAUACAAAAGAUUACUCAAAGGUCCCGAUCAUAUCCAAAUUAGAGCCCACCAUGACCAUCGCUUCAGGCGUCAGUGCUCCCAAAAUCAUUACUGCCAUUGGGAGUGAUGGUGUGCGCUACAAACAGCUUGUAAAAGGAGGGCACGAUGACCUGCGACAGGAUGCUAUCAUGGAACAGGUCUUUUCGGCUGUAUCGUCUCUGCUGAAGCUUCAUAGGACGACUCAGCAGCGCAACCUAGGGAUCAGGACAUACAAGGUAUUGCCGCUCACUGCAUCUUCAGGUUUGAUUGAAUUUGUCCCCAACACGAUCCCACUUCAUGAGUUCUUGAUGCCCGCCCAUGAAAGAUACCACCCAAGAGACUUGAAGGGCUCCCAAUGUCGUAAGGAAAUAUUUGGGGUCCAAAGUCGGACGGUGGAAACUCGAAUCAGCACUUAUCGCAAGGUCACGGAGAAAUUCCACCCAGUCAUGAGAUACUUCUUUAUGGAACACUUUAUGGAUCCAGAUGAAUGGUUCCUAAAAAGACUAGCGUACACCAGAAGCACUGCGGCUAUAUCGAUGUUGGGACACGUUCUCGGUUUAGGAGACCGGCAUGGGCACAACAUUCUCUUGGACCACAAGACGGGGGAAGUUGUCCACAUUGACUUGGGUGUUGCAUUUGAGGCUGGUCGUAUCCUGCCAGUACCGGAGUUGGUCCCCUUCAGACUGACAAGAGACAUUGUGGAUGGAAUGGGAAUCACCAAGACAGAAGGCGUCUUCCGGAGAUGCUGUGAGUUUACGCUAGAUGCUCUAAGAGAAGAGCAGUACUCGAUCAUGACAAUCUUGGACGUGUUGCGGUUUGAUCCGCUGUAUACGUGGUCGAUCUCACCACUCCGACUUGCCAAACUCCAAAAGGCGAGACACAAUGACGAAACCCCAAUGGAUGAUGAACAAAGCGAGGCAGAGACAAAGAAGGGCAAAAGGGCUGCAGGCCACGUCAAUGAACCAUCUGAAGCUGACAGAGCUUUAGAGAUUGUAAGGAAGAAGCUCUCGAAAACAUUGAGUGUGACUGCAACAGUAAACAAGUUGAUCAACCAAGCCACCGAUGAGCGAAAUUUGGCAGUGUUGUAUUCUGGUUGGGCAGCAUAUGCUUAA